AUGGCCGCAACAGAAUCUAUCAUCAGCAAACAAUUGCAACAAAACAGCUCUUUUGUCAUAAAAGAAGCCGACAAAGAUCCCACAACCACGUUUAAGAAAAAAUUGGAUCUACUUUUGAAAAGGGCCCUCGAUAUGAGAAUCAUCACGAAACGGGAACUCCAAUUUUUGGAGCCAUUCGUCCUGGGUUUAAAAUCCUACAUCCGUGACUCAAUGCACCUUAUUCAACAACUCAAAGAUAUCACCUUACCAUCAGAUGUUCUGUUGGUCACAUGUGACGUUGAGUCGCUAUACUCAAAUAUUGCUCAUAAUCAUGGGAUCACCGCCGUCGAGUUUUUCUUGUCCUGUUCUACUGCAGGCGAUCCAGCCCACCACACUUUCCUGGGUUCAAGACAAGGAUGUGAAGAGUUCAUCAACCAACUUAAUAACAACCAAUACAACAUAAUCUUGACAUCUAACAUCUCGGAUUUGAAGGUCGACUUUUUGGAUCUCCAAAUUAAGAUUAAAGAUGGCAGGUUGGUGACUUCCCUUUUUCGAAAACACACAGCAACCAAUAAUAUACUGCAUUUUUCAAGCUUCCAUCCUGAACAUCUAAAGACUGGUAUACCAGGGGGCCAGUUCCUCCGCCUACGGCGCAAUUGUACGGAAAUGUGUGACUUUAAGGCGGCCUCAGAGGACUUAUCAACGAGACUACAUGAGAGGGGUUACCCAAAAAAAGUCAUAUCAAGGGCAUUUGAGAAUGCGAGGGGAUCCAUACGUGAAGACCUAUUUAUACCUAGGCCCAAACCAAGGGAUAGUAAGGUACGACUAAUUACCAAGUAUAACAACCAAUGGUCGGACCUUUACAAAAUCUUGGAUACCCACUGGUUUUUAUUACAAUCUGAAGGUAAACUGGCAGCAUAUGUGGAUGAAAAACCCAAGAUGAUAGCACGAAGGGCUACCAACCUAAAAGACACACUAGUAUCCAGCCACUUUCAACGCCCGGUUUCAUCAACAGGCAGGGGUAUUGCCCUUAAAGGCACAUAUUCCUGUGGGAACUGUAACACGUCAAUUUAUGUUGAAUUCCAAUACCUUCUCACAUGGGAAUAACUCCAAAUUGUAUUUAAAACAUUAUAUCAACUGCCGUUCUAGGAACGUAGUAUAUGCUCUUCUGUGCCCCUGUGAGAAGAUUUAUGUAGGCCAAACUAUGCAAGAAUUGAGGAAGAGAGUUCAACAACAUACAUCUAAUAUUCGACUGGCAGCAAGAGAUAGGAGCAAGGGUGAAAAACCACUUACAUCAGUGGCAACUCAUUUCUUGGACCACCACAAUGGAUCACAGGACUGAAGUUCACAGAGGACUCACGGUUUCACGAACCC